AUGUCCAAAGUCCACACCAAACUUCUAUUCCGCACGAUAGUAUCAGCAUGCAACCUCAUAGCAAAACACUGGAAAUCUAGAGUAGCCCCCACAAAAACCAGACUGAUUACCCAAAUGCAAACAAACUGGGAAUACGAACAUAUGGCGGCCCAUCAGCUUGAAAAGAAAGGGGCAACUACAGAGGCAGGCCAUAUCUGGGAUAAAUACUGGAACACG